AUAAAAUAUGUAUUACUAUUCAAUGUUUGGGUUUUUCUAUGAAAACAAACAAACUUGAAUUUUAAAAUUGAGUAACAGCGAAAAGGCAGUCGGAGGGGAUAAACAAAACAAAUAGUAAACAUUAAUGCUGCUCGGGUAAGCACACAUUGCAGUUCUCAUUCUGCGUGUUAUCACUUGUAAGCACAUAUAUAGUGACGUAAUAUUUUUGAGGACUCCCGAGUGUGAAAAAUUUUUCGUCGGAAGGUGGGUUGAUUGCUACGACUGUUAUCAGCCAGUCGGUACAAGUAUUUCCAGCAGUGAUAAGCAACGCUUUUCAGCACCGAAAAACGCAGAUUAAAAAUACUUAUUUAGUGAUCAUUCGAGGUGCGACCACUCCAGUUCUGCCCAUUUAGGCCCAGAUUCUGCGUAGCAGCUGCUCAAAUAUGGACGUCGAGGAGCGAAAAGGCAACGACGAGGCUAUCAAAUCUGCGGAACCAGAGUUGAGAAACGGCUCCGCGACGCCUGAUGAGACUGAUGACAGUGGCAAUAUUCACGAGAACGGCAUGCCAAAGCAUGAGGAGGACGUAGAAAUAAGUAAAGAGAGCGACGAGUGUCUGAGAAAGCAGUCAAAUCAUGUCGAGAAUUUUGCAGGAAACAAGCCGGCUGUGGCCAAAGAAGGCGCGAUUCAUUCACUGGCCGACAGGAACACAAAUUUGAGCGCGGUGCGCCGCUCGUGGAGCUCAUUCACCUCCAACAUUUCAUCCAGCUCAGUCGCCGAGAGCGUGCAUGCCCACAGACAGCAGUUUUUGGUGCGCAGGGCAAAGUUCAACCAAGGUGCCGCAGAGGCGGCGACGCCGGACCCAGCGGCCAGGCCGGCCAACAAGAAGUUUGAGAUCGAGCUGCGCGCGCUAAAGCUCGGCGAGCGAAAGAAAGUUUUAGACAACGAUUCGUCAUGGCAGAAACACAAAUCAGAAAAAGAAGAGACGAGAACACAGCCAGCAUUUGAGUUUCGAAGGCAGGGCAGUGUGCGUGACAGAGUUCAAAGGUACACGCAGCUGGCGUCGAUGAGCCAGCUGAGCAGCUCGCGCAAGAGUUUGCAGCAAGAAGAGCCUCCGCGAGAAGAGGAGUCGUGAGAAUAAAAGAUUGUGCAGUGUUUACAUCAACAACGUA